AUGCGCCUCGGAGCGGACGUGCUCCUGGCGGCCGUGCUUGUGUGUGCGGUGCACGCAUGGUCAUUGUUCCCACGGAAACGGUUCAAAGAAGAAGGAUUUUUACGUGCAGGAUCGCUUGGACUCGAGGAUGUCCGUGGACAAGUGGCAGCUUGGGGUUACUUCCGUGACGACCGAUUCCUCGAUGCGUGGAUUGUUGAUGCAUCGCGACAGUCGAUGACUGUCCAUGAAUGGAACCAUGCGAAUUUCUCGUUCCAUUCAACUCCCUCCGCUCAUAUUUCCGUGCCCAGUGACAUGCGCAUUGCCAAUGCGAUCCUCGCUGAUUUUACGUACGAUGGACGCACAGACGUCUUGGUCAUGGCUUCGUCCACGAGCCGAGCGAGCCCGCCCCUCUCCAUGUUCUUGUGGCCGAUGCUCCCUGACGGUCAACUUGGCGAACCCAUAUCAUUGCCUGCCUCGAUGGAUGCACAGCCCAUGAGUGUCGAUGCCGCAGGCUCACUGCGUGGCGACCUCCUAGGCCAUGCACACUCUUCGCCCGAUACCCUGUCUGUAUGGCGCAAUGUAGAUGGACAAAUGCGUCUCGAGACGCCCGUCAUGAAUGGUCAUAUUCCUCCGUGCCGCCUCGCGCACCCACACAGUUCGGCGAAUGUCGACAUGAAUGGCGACUGCUUGGCAGACCUGUUCCUUGUGUGCCAGGGAGCACGGGCAGGACAGCUUACGUACCAGAUCUGGACCGCGCGUGCAGACACUCCCAUGGCAUACGACCUCGCUCGCACAGGUGAUCUUCCCCCAGGCGCAGGUGCUCUGUCUUUCGCAGACAUGAACCGCGAUGGCACUAUGGAUGUCGUGUUCCCGUCAUGUGAUCGUUCUCAAUGCUACAUCAAUAUUGCGUACAAUGAACAAAUGCCUCUGUGCUCGCAGGAGCGACGCGGUACCCUCUUCUCGUCAGGCAAUCCAAUGGCACCAGAGCGGUGCCGCGAUGCACUGCGCCUGUGUGAGCCCGACGCGUCGUUCGUGCUGGACAUGUCGACAGACGCGACGAAUUCGCGUUUCGCCCGCCUGCCUGUGCAAGACCUGACAGGAGAUACACGCAUCCUGCUGACAGAUGAUGUCGGCACAUACCCGCAGCCGGUGCCUGUGCGCAUUGGUGACUUUAACAUGGACGGAUACCCUGACUUGGCGAUCCUGACUGUGCCUCGUGGCGCAUUGCAUGGUCAGACACGCGUACAUCUCUUGGAGAGCGUGCGGUGCAAGAAGCAUGGCUCCGUCGGCUGCACGGCCUCAAAGCCUGAGCACCGCACGUUCCGGCGCGUGCCCAACACGGUGUUGGACCAGGAAGCGUAUGUGCGCAGUGUGUCGUUCGUGGACCUGGACGAAGACGGCACGCUUGAUUUCGUGUUGCAGUCACUCCCACCAGCAACGACACGCACAUCUGAUGCGCGUGUUCUGUCGUUUGUGCAAAACAAUUACUUCCAUGAUGCCUUUUUUCUCAAGACACUCACACUCAAUGCCGCUUGUGGCGCGCGGUGUGAGCGGGAACAUGAACGGGCCUAUUCUCCAUGGGGCGGAUCCCUCCUUGGUGCUUCGUACAAGUUUGCUGUUCUGGAUCCCAACGGCGUGCGUCGUGCCCAGCAGGUGGCGCAGCAGCCACAGACCGGGUACAGUGCACUGACACCACCGUAUGCCUUCUUUGGCCUUGGCCGGACGAACAAUUAUGUGGAGUCGCUCUUUGUUGGAAGCACGCUGCGUCAGGCAGAUUCUUUUCUUGUACUAGAGGGAGUGAUUCCCAACAGCGAGGUCAUCGUCAUUCCUACAGAUGAAUCGCCAGAUGCAUGGAGGCGCGAGUUGUUCCUGCAUCCUGCAGACUGGAUCCCGUUUGUAACAAUGGCACUCGCUGGACUCAUUGCCCUCCUCAGUCUAGUUGUGUUCAUGCUGGAUCUGAACGAGAAGCACGAAGACGAGCGCGAGAGACGGCGUGCUGUACAUGCAAUUAAUUUUGACGCCUUGUAG